AUGGCCAGGUGGAGCGUGUGCCGCAGCAUUGUGACGGCGCCUGUGUCCUGGAUGGGCGAGCUAACAGCGUCAGGUGUGCGCUGCAGCAGCAGCAGUAUGCCGGUGGUCAGACAGGCGUACUCAGAGAGCAGCAGCAUCGUCAGGCCUUUCAGUGAGAUUCCUGGAUUGUGGAAGAAUGGCGUGGCCAACUUGUAUAAUUUCUGGAAACUGGAUGGCUUCAGAAACAUUCACCGCAUCAUGUUGCAGAACUUCAACACUUUUGGACCCAUUUACAGAGAAAAAGUAGGUUAUUAUGAAAGCGUGAAUAUCAUCAAUCCUGAAGAUGCUGCAAUCCUCUUCAAAGCGGAGGGCCACUAUCCUAAAAGGCUGAGAGUGGAAGCCUGGACAUCAUACAGAGACUACAGGAAUCGCAAAUAUGGAGUGUUAUUAAAGGAUGGAGAGGACUGGAGGUCAAACCGUGUGAUUCUCAACAAGGAGGUGAUCUCCCCGAAGGUGCAGGAAAACUUUGUGCCUUUGCUGGAUGAAGUGGGCCAGGAUUUUGUGACCAGAGUUCACAAGAAAAUAAAGCGCAGCGGUCAGAAUAAAUGGACCACUGACCUCUCUCAAGAACUCUUCAAAUACGCUCUAGAGUCGGUAAGCUCAGUGCUAUACGGUGAGCGUCUGGGUUUGAUGCUGGACUACAUUGACCCCGAGGCUCAACAUUUCAUUGACUGCAUCACCCUCAUGUUCAAGACUACCUCGCCCAUGCUGUACAUACCUCCUGCUCUGCUGAGGCAGAUUGGAGCCAAAGUGUGGCGGGACCAUGUGGAGGCAUGGGAUGGGAUUUUCAACCAAGCGGACUGCUGCAUCCAGAACAUCUACAGGCAGUUACGUCAGGAAGCUGGCACACCAAAGAAAUACCCAGGAGUCCUGGCUAGCCUGCUCAUGCUGGACAAGCUGUCCAUUGAAGACAUCAAGGCCAGCAUCACAGAGCUGAUGGCUGGAGGAGUAGAUACGACGUCUAUAACGCUGCUGUGGACGUUGUAUGAACUCGCUCGGCACCCCGGCCUCCAGGAGGAGCUGAGGGCGGAGGUGGCUGCAGCUCGGGCUGAGAGCCAGGGGGACAUGAUGGAGAUGCUGAGGCGGAUUCCACUGGUCAAAGGAGCUUUGAAGGAAACACUGAGGUUACACCCAGUUGCAGUGAGUUUGCAAAGAUACAUAGCAGAGGAUAUCAUUAUCCAAAACUACCACAUCCCAGCUGGGACUCUGGUCCAGCUGGGACUGUAUGCAAUGGGAAGAGACCCCAAAGUGUUUUUCCGUCCGGAGCAGUAUCAACCGUCCCGCUGGCUGAGGACGGAGACGCACUACUUCCGGAGCCUGGGCUUCGGCUUCGGCCCCCGUCAGUGUUUAGGACGCAGAAUAGCUGAGACAGAGAUGCAAAUCUUCCUCAUCCAUAUGCUUGAGAACUUCAGAGUGGAGAAACAGCGCCACGUGGACGUGCAGAGUACCUUUGAGCUCAUUCUCCUACCAGAGAAGCCUAUAAUUUUGACUUUGAAGCCUCUACAUGCUAGUCGAUAA